AUGUUCCGCGCGCAGCCGCCGCCCCAAGACGACCAUGGCUCUCCGGGCGAGAUGGCGGCGGCGGAGGAGGAGGAGGUGGUGCGGAUCCGGCUGGGUGACCGGUGCUUCCCAGUCUGCAAAAGGAAGCUGCUCGAACAGAGCGACUACUUCCGAGCUCUGUACCGCUCCGGGAUGCGGGAAACAGCCGGGCCGGGCCCGCAGCAGCAGCAGCAGCAGGAGGAGGAGCAGCAGCUGCGCGGCGGGCUGAGCGCGGAGGGCUUGGAGCUGGUGCUCGGCUUCAUCAACACCUCCUGCCUGGCUGGGCUGGAGCGGGAGGAGGCGCCGCCGCUGCUCCUGGAAGCGCUGGUGGAAGCGGCGUCCUACCUGCAGGUCACCCCCUUGCUGCGCCGCCUCCUCUCGCAGGUCAGGCUGACGAACGGCCUCGAGCUCCACCACCUGGCCCAGAUCUACGGCCUCCCAGACCUGCGGGAUGCCUGCCUGGACUUCAUGGCUGGCCGCUACCACCAGGUGCUCCGCAGGCCCGAGGCCCGGCCCCACCUGCUGCUGCCCCACGCCCUGAGGCAGCAGCUCAGGGAAAGGCGCAUGAGAGGCGCCGCUGCCUUGGUGGCCCUGGGCAACUUCGCAGGGCCCUCUCCCCUAGGGCGCCACUGCCCGGGAGACUCGGCCUGCGCCAUGUUGAGGUACGAGGAGGGAGUCCGCCGGUGGCUGCCGCUGCCGAACAACCUGCCUCCAGACCUGGCCAAUGUGCGAGGCUACGGGUCAGCAGUGUUGGACAACUACUUGUUCAUUGUCGGCGGCUACCGCAUCACCAGCCAAGAAAUAUCGGCCGCCCACUGCUACAAUCCGUGUCUGAAUGAGUGGAGUCAGGUGGCUUCCAUGAACCAGAAAAGGUCUAAUUUCAAGCUGUUGGCAGUCAAUGGAAAACUGUAUGCCAUCGGUGGGCAAUCCCUUUCCAACGUUGAGUGUUACUACCCGGAGCAUGACUGGUGGAACUUUGUAGCAUCUUUACCAACCCCCCUUGCAGAAUUCUCAGCAUGUGAGUGCAAGGGCAAGAUUUAUGUCAUGGGAGGGUACACUACAAGAGACCGGAACUUGAAUAUCUUGCAGUACUGCCCCACCUCUGACAACUGGACUGACUUUGAAUUGUGUGACAUCCACAUCCGCAAGCAGCAGAUGCUGUCUGUGGAGGAAACCAUCUACAUAGUUGGCGGCUGCAUCCACGAACUGAGAUCAAACAGAAAAUCCAGCCAGAAUGAGGACAUGUUAACAGUACAGUCUUAUAAUGUUGCCACCAGAGAAUGGCUCUACCUCAAAGAAAAUACGUCAAAAUCUGGCCUUAAUUUGACUUGCACUCUGCACAAUGAUGGGAUCUAUAUACUAACUAGAGAUGUCACAUUGUCCACAAGCUUGGAGCAUCGCGUUUUUCUAAAAUAUAAUAUAUUUUCAGACAGCUGGGAAUCGCUUAGGCACUUCCCAACCUUUGGACAAAACAUGUUGGUCUGUUCUAUGUAUUUGCCAAAGCUGAUUUGAAUG